GCUGUGAAGCGUGUGAUGAAGAGAGAUGGAGCUGAUGAGGAGAGGGCAAGACAAAGGAUAGCAUCAAAGAUGAGUAAUCGUGAGGCUGUAGAUCAUGCUCAUGUUGUUUUUUGCACACUGUGGGAGUAUGAGUACAAGUUGAAAGAGCAUGGAAAGCACUAAAAGACAGAGUUGAGAUACGGACUAAAUUAUAGUGUCAUUUUUAUCUUUUUCAAUACACUAAGAAUCAAUGGUAUUCUUUGAGAUUCUGAAAGGAUGUGUAAUUAUACAGGGGUAAAAUAUCUAGCUAAUAAACUAACCUACGAGUAUAAUUUGGGCCCCACCCAUCGUUGCUGAACUUGAACUUGCAGCUAGCUAUGCUCUCCUUGCCUCUUGUGUUGCUGAUUUUGUCUCUUACUUAUGUAACUAACUGUUAUAAUCUGACCAUUGAGUUCGAGAUCGAAGAUAAUUGUGAGUAUUCUGCAGAGAUGACCAUGAGGCAGGUGACGUUUUGUGUGGCAAAAAAGGAGAAUUCUUUCACUCCUUCAUAUUGCUGUCUUGCCGAGCUUCCUAGAAAUUCUGCCGGUGCUAAAUUUAAACUUUCUAAGAUGCUAAAUUUAGAAAAAUUUUAUCUUCAAUGGCAUCAAGGAAUAACUUGCCAAAUAAAAGUUUAUGAUGUUGUGUUUCUAUAUGGUACUGGUGAAAACAUUUAUAAUUGCAGUAAUCCAGAUCCUUGUAAAUUGGGGUCUUGUGUAGCAUCUAAUGAAAUUCAUACUUCUCAUUCAAGUUUAGAAUGUAGAAUUAGUACUCAUGCUAAUAGUAUGUGUGCUACGAUGACUUCUACUGUCAUGAAAUGUCCUCUCAUGACUACUAUAACUCCAUAUCCAACAUCAAGUUGUAUGACUAGUACCAAGAGUACUCUUGCUGGUACUUUAACAACUCAAUAUUUACUGUCAAACAUUAUUAUGACACCUUCACCUUCAAUCUUUCAAAGCACUUCAACAAUUCAUGAUGCUUUUGUUUCUUCUGAUAUUUAUUUAUCUUCUUUUCCCUCUACUAAUUUAAUUCCCACUCCUCUGGAAUCAUCACAACUUAUCUGUGUUUCUCCAUCUCCUAUUUGCUUACAUUGCCCUCUUGAUGAUUCAUGGCCACCAACACCAGCUGGACGUGAUGCCACCAGUACCUGUCACAAAGGACUAUUUAAUGCUACUAGGCACUGUAAUGAAAGUGGGAACUGGGAUCCUGUUAUCUGUUUUGCGAAUGAAAAUUUUGAGGCUAUUGCAUCACUGGCGUCAUCAUCUCCUUAUGAUGCACUUGACUCUCUUUCAAACAGUAUUAGUACUAUUUCUGCUGUUCAAAUAGUUGUAUUGUUAGAUAUUAUAGUUUCCAGUAAUGCCAGGAAUGCUGCUACUACUGAGGAAUUUGGACAAUUACUUUUGAAAACUUUUGAUGAAUUUUUAAAUGAAACAGAUCCAUCUCAUUAUGAUGAAGAAGGGAGACGCUCAAUUGGUAGUCAAAUAUUGUCAACAUUAGAUUCAUUUUUAGAGGGCAAAAAAUAUUGA